AUGCUUCUUUUGGUGUUUGUUUUAUUGCCAGGAUUGAUAUUUGCUGAUCGGGAAAUUACUUUAACAAACGAUUCUGCUUCGUACGUAGCUUAUGGAGAGAAACUGUUGAAUUAUCAGACGCUCACCGUUUCACUCAAUUGCACGGAUUGCCAAAUUUACGUUGAAUUCGAGGUCUCCGAUGUUAACAACACCAUUUUCUCUUUCACUUCGCCAACCAAGAAUUACACUUAUGAUCAAGUCACUUCAUCAGUUUGGUUUAUCAUUCCCGGACCGAUCAGCUUGCUUACAAGUCUUGGUGUUAAUGGAACGACUCCCACUUUCCUUGCUUCAUUCCGGUUAUGGAACGGCGUGAAUGGAGAAACUGAUUGGCAGCCAACGAAUCUUCAACUAAUCCCCGGUCAAAAUGGGGCUAUGAAUACGGUUCGACUCGAGAAUGGGAUUAGAAGUGUGACGCUGGUGAUGGGCAGGGCUAGCUAUGCGAAUGUGAAACUCUUUGCCCCGACGGUUUCUCCGAAUUGCUCAAUUUCCGUUUUGGCCGGUCACAUUCCGAGUUAUUCAGCCAGAGAUCGGCUCAAGAUCUAUGAAUUCACAAAUGACAACAUUCCCAUGUAUCAAUCGAGCUACGUCAGGACAUCAGCAUUCACUCUUUUGAUCCAGGAGAAUUGCACGGCCAGGAUUAUGUACUCUGUUUUAGAUAAAGCCACAAUCAUUGUUGAUUCCUAUCAACCAUCGAAUGGGUUCAGCAUGAGUUACGAAUAUUUGGAGCCGUUUGGAGAGACUGAGAAUUUCACCGAGUCAAUGGGCCACACGGGAAUAAGCUUGAAUGAAACAUAUCCAUUCCUCCCGAUUGUGUUCACAGUGAAAGACGCGAUGCUAAGCAAUGGUGGCUACCUGAACUUCCAAACAACCGAUUACUCGGGGAAUCAAAUGGCUGCUAGCAACGUGAGCACCUCGAUCAGCGGCUACAUUUUGGGCGACAUGUGGGGACAAACGUUCAAAAUUAUCUGGAAUCCUUCAACAACCCAGCAGAAAAAGGGCUACUUGGUUUGGUACAUGAUAAGAAAUGAGACGAUGUCAACAACAAGUACGAGUACGGUGCAAAGCAGUAUUGGUACGAUGACGACGACUACAACUUUGUCGACAACCACAACAACAAUGAGAACUGCCUCCACAUCAAACGUGACCACUCAAACUUCAGCAACUGUCCCUUCUUCAACAAAUACAGCAAUGACUGUCUCAAUCACGAUCCCAAUUUCUCCAGUUACUUCAAACGAAACAACUCCCACUGCGCUUCCAGCUGCAGGAAGGAAAGGAGAACGCGUAAUGAUUCCGAAGUGUACAGGAAUCUGGCUGAAAGGCUCAGCGAGAAUCUGGCAGAAAGCGGCGAGGAUUUCCCUGGAAAUGGAAAAG